AUGGAUUUACGCUCAACAGUUUAUCUUCCAUCGAAGUAAAUAAGUGAAGGAGAAAUAUAAGUUAAGGGAAAAACCUUAGGGAGAUGGAAAACAAAGAAGUUUAUUAUUGAUGAAGAUCAAAGAAUCUUUGCAUUAAAAAGCUCGUAAGCAAAAAAGAAGUUAAAGCCUUUCUACUUAUAAUAUUACAAAUUAGAGGUACGAGAGAAAAAAAAAGAUAAGAUUUCAUUUGAUUUGAUUUCUAAGGCAGGAGGCAAAAGUGUGACAUUGGGAAUCCAAAAUGAAUAAUAAGCUAAUUUGAUAAUCAAUUUGUUGUAAAAAUUGAUAUCGAAGGAAGAUUCUAUUUAGAAAUAAGCAUAAGAAGAAUAAUUAUUAAAGUCAUAAAUUGAAUAACCCGUGGAAAAUACUUAAAAUUUGGCUUAUGAGAAAAUAGAUUAUGAAAUACCUUCUUUUUUCGAUACAAGUGAAAUUAGAGAAAAUAUUUCCUAAAUAAGGAGGGGACAAUAACGAUUAGAGAAGUUUUAAGUGGUUUAGAAGGAGCAAGCAUUCACAAUUUACAAAAAUGUUGAUAACCAUCAUCAAUUUGUAACUUUUAUAGAAUUCAUGGGGGAUUGCUGUGAUUUGAUAGUUCAGAAUUUAUCAGAUAACAACAAAAUAAAUUAAUGGAAUCCAUACGUGUCUCAAGCCGAGUCUAUGGUAGUGAAAGAAUUAGCUGAAGACAAAUCCUUUUAAAUAUGUGAGAUUCGUUAAUUGACAAAUCUCUUUGUAUUUAAGCGAGAAUUUCAAUAUUUAAGACAUCAUCUGAAAAUAGACAAUAUUGAUUUUAUUGUUUAAAAGCAGAUUGAUUAAAGACCAAAAACUAAAUGUUAUCAAGGAAGUUUGAAAUACGGUUUAUGGAGUAUUCAAUACAAAAAUAAUGUGACUAAAGUGUGUUAUGUGACAGAGCAAUCAGUAUAGGGUUUAUCCUAUCCAGAUGAAGAUUCUUAUCUCAUUUAGGUGUUUUUACAAUAAAUUUAAAAUAUAAACAAGUAGUACAUUUAAAAGACAAUUAAAUAAGACCCACCUCAAAAUUCAGUUGAGAUUCCUCAAAUCAAUAAAGCCAUUAUAUAGGAGUAGCAAUUGUAAGGAGGAGAACCUUAAAUAUAAAAAUAGCAACCUGAUCAACAAUAAUUACCUUCCCAAAUUAAAGUUGUUUAACAAAGUGAAAAAUAGAAUUAAGAAGAGGAUGAUUAAUUUUUUGAUUGUGAAGAAGAAGAUGCAAUAGAUGAGAUGAAUGACAAGUUAUUUAUUGUUGAAACCGUGGAUAAUAAAUAAUUGAUUCAAGAUGAAGUUGUAAAAGAUGUUUACGAAUAAAAUGCAAGAAGACAAUCUAUAUUGCCAGUCUAAAUUGAUACUUAAGAUAAUAAUGAAUAAGAAUGGGUAGAUAAGAAAAUGAAAUUAGUAUUAUCAGGAGGUUAUUGCUCACUCUCAAUAAAUGUGAAACAUCAAUUGUUGCCUAAAGAAAAAGGGUAGAAUAGAUAGUUUUUGACUUAAUAAGAAGGAGGACACUAUAUAUUUAGGAAAGAUUUCAUUAGAGAAGAUAAGAACGGGGGUUUGAAAGUCAUCAAUGAAGAGAAAUUAGCUGCUUAAAAGGCAGUAAUUAAAUUUCUCAUUACCAGAAUUGGAGCAUCAUUGUUGAUGGGAAAAUCUAUUACUGGUAUAUCAAUGCCAGUCUCAAUUUUCGAAGCUCGUUCUAAUACUGAAAGAGUUUGUAGUAGUUUGGGAUUUGCGCCAAUAUAUUUAGAGGAUGCUGCUCAGUCCUAAGAUAUUUAUUACAGAAUCAAAUAAUGUGCAGCAUUUCAAUUUGGAUUCAUAUUUAUGUAUAUAUCUUGUGAGAAACCUUUUAAUCCAAUCUUGGGUGAAACUUUCCAAGGGUUUUAUGACAAUUGUCCAAUCUAUUGUGAAUAGAUCAGCCAUCAUCCUCCAAUAUGCGCUAUUCAAAUGUAUGGCAGAUCAUAUAAAAUUGAUGGACAAUUGGAAUUGGUGGCUAAUUUUCAUUCUAAUUCUGUUGUUGGUAGAAAUGUUGGAACCUUUAAGAUUACUUUUGAAAAUCCACAUUAAGAGAUUUUAUUGACAUUCGCUCCAGGUAGUCUGAAUGGGACAACAUAUGGUGAUAAAGUCCUUAAUUAUCUUGAAAAAUAAUUCAUAAUAGAUUUGAAAAAUAAAAUUAUAUUGGAAACUACAUUCAAUCCUGAUAAAAAAUAUUGCCAAUAUUUUGAAGUUGAAUAUGUGAAUCAACUGGAUUAUUUAUGUGGAGCUAUUUGUGAUGUGAAUGAUUCAGCUAUUUUGAGAUAUUAAAAGGAAGGUUUUAGAAAAUACAAAGGAUUGGAUUUAAAAAAUGAUAUUAAAUAGGUCAAACACAAGAUUAAGGGUAUUUGGAUUAAUGAAUUGAAAGUUGAUAAUCAAAAAUUAAUAUCUAUUCAAAAUGAUUAUCCAGUUAAAAUUUAAUUGGCUUAAUUCCCAAUACCAUCAGACGCUACUUUCAGAAUGGAUCUUUUAUGGUGGAAGUUGAGAAACUUCGAUUAAUCCUAGUAAUGGAAGGAGAAAUUGGAGAUUCUUUAACGAUAAGACAGAAAAUUGAGAGAAUAGAAGUCAAAAAAGAAAAAAUGA